GGGUGGUGUUUCAUUCAGUUGUAUGUUUAUUUAGCGUUGCUAUUUCAAACAAGCAUCCAGCUAGCGCAGGGCCUUUGGGGAGUUGUAGUCUUCCUUGUUACUGCUUCUGAGCUGUGGUAAUGGGGGAGCGCCUGCCCAUUGAACUACAGAGCCCAGUGCUCCCCACAACCCCAGGACAGCAAAGAACAAUGGCUGAAACUGAGCUGGGGAGCCCUGCCAACGAUGUCGAAACCGUAGCCGCCAGAUCUGACAGCAGUGAAAAGGCACUGGACAGAUUAUUACCCUCUGUAAACCCUUCGUUGUCAUCACGAAAGCGAACAACUAGCCAGUGCAAAUCUGAACCACCACUUUUAAGAACAAGCACACGAACAAUUUACACUGCAGGGCGACCUCCUUGGUACAACGAACAUGGAACACAGUGCAAAGAAGCAUUUGUCAUUGGAUUAUGUGGUGGAAGUGCUUCAGGGAAAACUACUGUAGCCAGGAAGAUCAUAGAAGCUUUAGAUGUUCCCUGGGUUGUGCUUCUGUCUAUGGAUUCAUUUUACAAGGUACUUACUGAACAGGAGCAGGAGCAAGCUGCCAAGAAUGAACACAAUUUUGACCAUCCAGAUGCAUUUGACUUUAGUCUCAUUGUGUCCACUCUGAGGAAACUAAAACAAGGAAAAAGUGUAUCAAUCCCUAUAUAUGACUUUACAUCACACAGUAGAAAGAAAGAAUGGAAAACAUUAUAUGGAGCCAGUGUGAUAAUUUUUGAAGGUAUCAUGGCAUUUGCUGAUAAAGAAGUGUUGGAGCUAUUGGACAUGAGGAUCUUUGUCGACACAGAUUCUGAUAUUCGAUUAGUACGACGCCUACGUAGAGAUAUUAAAGAGCGGGGCCGUGAUAUUGAAGGAGUCAUCAAACUGUACAACAAAUUUGUAAAGCCAUCCUUUGAACAGUACAUUGAACCAACAAUGCGUCUGGCUGACAUAGUGGUUCCAAGAGGAGGAGGAAACAUGGUUGCCAUUGAUCUAAUAGUCCAACAUGUCCACAGUCAGCUAGAGGAGAGGAAACUGCGCUGGGAUAUGGCAACUUUGGCAUCUGCCCACCAAGCCCAACCAUUGCCAAAGACCUUGAGUGUGUUGGAGAACACUACGCAGGUACGAGGGAUGCACACGUUAAUUAGAAAUAAAGACACAAGUCGAGAUGAGUUUAUAUUCUAUUCAAAGCGGUUGAUGAGACUACUGAUAGAGCAUACACUUUCAUUCUUGCCUUUUCGGACAUGUGUUGUCCAGACGCUGGAGGGAGAGAACUAUGAAGGAAGGAGGUUUGCUGGAACAAGAAUAACAGGCGUAUCAAUUCUGAGGGCAGGAGAGACAAUGGAGCCGGCUUUGCGAGCAGUCUGUAAAGAUGUGACGGUCGGUAAAAUCCUAAUCCAGACUAACCAUGCUACAGGAGAACCAGAACUUCAUUAUCUGAGACUGCCAACAGACAUCAGUGAGGACCAUGUCAUUUUAAUGGACUGUACAGUGUCCACAGGGGCUGCAGCUUUGAUGGCAAUCAGGGUAUUGCUGGAUCAUGAUGUACAAGAGGAUAAGAUCUUUCUCAUCUGCCUGCUGAUGGCAGAGAUGGGGGUGCACUCUGUGGCAUACGCCUUUCCACAAGUAAAAAUCAUCACCACUGCGGUAGACAAAGAUGUUGACGAUUUGUUCCACAUCAUCCCUGGCAUAGGCAAUUUUGGAGAUCGUUACUUUGGAACUGAUGCCCCUACAGACUGAUGUGAAGAUGAUGACUGACUGAGCUUUGUGGGACAUAUUUUUAAUACUGCAAAGACAGACAUUGCAAACUUUCAUGGAUCACUGGGUGAAUUAAUGAGCUUCACACAAAGUUUCAGAUGCAGUGGUUAACUUAUUCUAUUUGUGGCCUGCAUUUUUUAAACGCAGUGGACAAAACGUAACAUGGAUCUCAAAUUGGAGAAGAAAAUCUCAGCUUUGCACACAGAAGGGCUAACUCAUGAAAUUUGCUUUGAUACCUCCUUUCUUUAAAGUAAUUCCCAUUAGCCCACUUCUUAUUAAGUACAAGAUGCUGGUGGGUGUAGACAGUAUCCCUCAUAUCUUGUGUGCAAAAAAACAAUUUUCUUGGAAUUUUUGUGCAUAUUGAGAACAACAAAAAAAUUAGAAUGCUGGACAGUUCAUACUUUUUAUUGUUAAACUUUUAGUAAUCUAAACUAUACUUAAAUGAAUGUAAGAUUGCACCCAAAUAUUUAAGUUCUGUACAGUAUUUUAUAAUUGUUUAAAAUUUUGAUCCAGGGCCAUAACAUAGAAAAUGUCCUGAAGAUGGUUCUCCUUGUUAUAGUUUAGUCCAACCUUUUUGUCAUGAUAUUAACGCUAACAUGAUUUCUGCAUUACACUUGUUCAAGAGCACUUUAGAAAAUUAAUUUGUGCAAUUUGUCAUUCCAAUGAAUUUAAAUACAUUGUAAACCAAUUAGCACCUGCAAUAGUAAUUUAAAAUAGUAUCUCAACCCUGAUUGAGGCCUUUUGUGUGACAUUUGGAUGUGACUGAUAUUAAUCUGAAAUCAUGCUGUUAAGGAAUAUUGCCAUAAUGAUCUGAAAAUCUAAUAUUUUAAAAUAAAACCUUGAUAUUUUGAUCUAUAUAAAUCAAAAUGAUGAAUCCUGCAUACUCUGGAACUCUGAAUAAAGCUGUGGAAACUGUGACCAAAGACAUUUCAAUACUAAAUAUAUAGUGCAUAUUGAGAGCACAAAAUCAGAACACUGUACAUCACAAACUUCUUCAUUUAAUUAAAUUUUUGUUGGAAAAUCACUAAUUUCCCAUUAUAAUCUUUUUAGCAUUUUAUGGAGCUAAAAUGGAAAAUCUAGAGGAAGAAGUUACUUCACCUUAUUGAAGAGAGGAAAUGGAAGUGAUGAAUACUUUCUUAUAUCACAGCAGCCAAUAAAAAUUAGGAACUAUCACCAUGUAUGGAGAAAAGUGUGUGUAAAAUAGUUGUGUACAGCAUAUCGUUUAAGAUUAAGACAGGAAGAUUGUAAAAGAAAGACUAUUUCUUAAAUUGAUUUGUCUUCUCUGCUAUUGUAUAAAUCAUAGAAUCACAGACUUGUUAUGACGUCAAAGGAGACAAUGCAACCUAUCAUACCUGCACUGGCUCUUCGAAUGAGCAUCAUUAUGUAGUGCUAAUCUCCUGCUCCCCCCCACCCCAUACUCCUGCAAUAUUAUUUCUAUCUAAAUAGUCAUUAAAUGCCCUCAGUUGAAUCAGGCUCCACCACAUUUCCAAGCAAUGCAUCCUAUACCUUAACGUGGAAAAAGUUUCUUUUUCUCACAUCACCCUUGCUUCUUUUCACAUCACUUUAAAUCUGUGCUCUUUUAUUCUUGUUUCUUUUGUGAGCAGGAACAGCAUUUUUCUAUUUACCCUAUCCAGGCCCAACUUUUGAUUUUGAAAACUCUGAAAUCUACUUGCAAUCAUCUUCUUUCCAAGGAGAGGAGUUCCCAACUUCUUCAAUUUGUCAUCAUAACUAAUAUUUCUCUUUUCUGGAACCAUUCAGACAAAUAAGAGACUGAGCAAACCUCAAGCUCUUUUUCUUUUCUACCAAUAUGUUACCAUUUACUGGCUAAUGGGAGAAUAAGUUUGAAAGGGCAUUACUUAUUUUCUGAAAUAACAAAACAUCAUGGUUCCAUGUCGAAGUGCCUGUAUUCAGGUCUGUAUAUAACCUGCAAGUACAGAACACAAGUUAUUAACAUGGCUGAUGUACAGUAACAAUUUAAAUGCAAUUUUUUAUGGAACCAAUUGUUCAUUUUCUUUGGGCUACCAUGUCUAACACAUUUAGUCUCUACAAUAUACCAUUGCUUAUCUUGGAAUUUGGGUUUUGGGAUAUUAAUUGAAUUAUUUUAAAGCUGUUGAGCCAAGCACUAACCUAUUAUAAAAUCAUUAGCUGAUGAUUGUCAGAAACAUAACUGCUGUAACAGCCCAUUUUUUAAAAAGCCAUAACAUUGAAUUUGACAUUUAUUAGAGUGUCUGAAAUGAAUUUCUAGUUUACUACUGGUUGUUUGUGUUAUAAUAGCAACAACUUCACUUUCUUGAGCAGCACACACUUCAUCUUCUACAAGAUAACUAUUUACUGUUCUUUAGCCAGCCAAUAUCCAUUUUAUUUUGUUUCAGAACUUAAGACGACUCUUUAAUGGAUCAGAUAUUGAGAUCAGUAAAGUUGGCACAUCACUAACUCACAAAGUACAAAUUCUAAUUCUGUUUCAUACAAUAUGAUUAAUGUUAUUGACUUAUCUAAUGCCAACAUGGGAUAUGUACAUGACAAUGACUUCAACCUCGCAAUGCCUCAUCAUCGUGAUGGUUGGUUAGCUCUGUUGGUUGGACAAUUUGUUUGCAAUGCAGAGUUGCUUUAAUGCCUGCAAUGGUUGAAGUUACCAUGAAGGAUUCUCUUUCUCAACCUCACCCCUCACCAGAGGCAUGGUGACUGAUUAAACUAAUGUGAACUCUGUUUGUCUCUCCACAGAUGCUGCCAGACCUGCAGCAUUUCACCAGCAUUCUGUCUUUCUAUCUAAUCACUGUACUCUGAUUCAAAGCAAAAUCUGUCUUUGGUAUACUUUCAAGAUUGCCUACAUAAUUUAAUUGUCAAACUAAUGUAGCUACAGCAUCAACAGCUUAUUUGGUAAAAUCAGCCCCUUGUAACCUGGAGAUAUUAAACUCUUACAAACUGGCAACUGAUUAUCAAUACUGACCAUCAUGACACAACCAUAUGUAGUAUUGGAGUGAAUCAGAUGUUCAAUUUUUAUCUUAAAUUCCAUGCUUCAGUAUGUAAAUCUCAAAAUUAGGCAAAAGAUCCCAUCAUCCUUAUCACUAAUGGUACCUUUCCCAUACCAAUUUAUUUACUGUUGUUCUUAUUUGUCACUCCCGUAACCACUUUAGUUUUAAUCACUCCUUCACCUGGAGUAUACAGAUUUUGAUUUAUAACCUACACUGCUCUUAUUUCAUUUUUACUAGACUGAUGUGCUUCCCUUCCAGUCAUCAAUUGUUAAUUUGAUUCCCUUUUCACUAAGUACCCCUUUCCAUUAUGAUCUUGGGCCCAACCUGUUUCAAGUAUAGCUUGUCCCUAAUACAGCUCCUUCUUGUCACUGUAUUGGUGCCAGUGUCCCUUAAAAUGGUACAGAAGUCAAAAGAUUAUCUCAAGUCCAACUCCUCAUCUGGAAUUGUGCUUUGUAGUAGUUUCUUCUUGCAGGAGCUCAAGCAAUGGAGAAGGACAUUGAGAAAAGGCACAAUGGUUAAAAUGUCAAAGAGUGCCUGCGUAAUAAUGCAACUUGAUAUACUCAAACUGAUUCAUUGUGCAAUUGUUUGCAUGUAAUUAAAUAAUACUCAGUUCUCCUACUGAAGUUGAGAAAUAGCACAAAAGUUACACCUAAAACUAAAGGAAUGCACAUAUAAAAAGUACAAAAUAGCAAAAUCCAAGGGCCUAGGAGAGAUUACGAAGAAUGCUAAAGGAAGAUAAAAGAUAGAAAGCUAUAUGCAGUUAAGUGCCUACAAGGAGAUGGUAUAAAUUACAGGCAGGAUUAAGAUGUGAUGGGUCAUAGGCAUGUAAUAAGUGAGUUGUUGUGAAGGGACCAAAGAAGAAUUACCUGUUAUAUGGAGUGAGAAUUAGAGGCAGUAUUGUAAGUCCUUUGCUUGAUAAUGAGGGAAGCAAGUUUUGGAGCUAAGAGAUUCAAUCGGAAUACUGGAGAGGUAUUGGGAAGGUUUGUUGGCAAGUCUUACUGUGAGAAGUGGAGAUUGCAAAGCUGCUAACACUGAACAGACUGCCUCGUGGGUUGAAUUUCUGCAUUAAAGUUGUCUCUCGGUCCCCACGUAAGCAUGCAUUUCUGCAAAAGUUACUAUCAAUGAAUGUAAAACUCUACUGUAACACUAUUUAUGGUGGGCACAUUGGAUUGCUUUGGAUAAAUGGCAUAGAAAUGAGUCAUUCAAUGCAACUAGUCCAUGGCAACUUUUAUGCUCUACUUAAGUCUCCUUCCUAUCAAUGCUCUUCCAAAGCUAUCAUUCUAACUCUAUUCAAUUUUCACCUUACAGGUUUCUGAGGUUACAAAUACAUUUAUAUUCUUCACUUCAACCACUUCCUAGGCUAGAGAGUUCAAUACACCCACCGUGGUUUGGUUAUAUUGACUGCUUGUAUGAUGUUUUGAAUGUAAAAGAGGUUCUAACUCUUAUAAAUAUUACCAUAGACAAUUGUCCAGUGUGAAUGAAAGUUUUGAGUUCAUCAAAAUUCAGAUGUCAAAGUGUCAGAAGUGUAAAAAGCUGGUGAUUUCACAUUUGCUUGUUAUGAUGAGGGGUUGAACCAAGCAAACUGUAAACUUUCCUCAAUAACACCUACUAACCUCUAAUUUAUUUUAAGAUCCAUAACUGAUAUUGAUUGAAUGUUGUGUCUUUUAUAGAUUGGAUCUUGCUAAAGACAGCUACACUUCAAAAUGUGAAGUGAUAUCACUCUGUCAAACAUCAUCAAAGACUUACCUUCAGUAGCAUUACAAU